AUGAUAUAAUAGAAUAAGAAAUACUAGUCAUUCGAAACAUUUAUAAACUCUUCGCUCUAUUCCCAAUAAGAUGUUGAAAUUAAUAUGAGUUAUACUUAUGUUGGUAAAAUUGAUGCUUCAGGCUUAGGUUCUGCUUUAGCAAAUCGCACUAAUCUCUCAAAUUUGGCAAUUGAUGUUAGUUACGAUUAAAUUGGUGAUUAAGGUGCAUCUGAUUUAGGUUCUGCUUUUAAAAAUUGCGCUAAUGUCUCAAAUUUGACCCUUAAUCUUACUGACAAUUAAAUUGGUAAUGAAGGUAUAUCAAACUUAUGUUCUGGUUUAGCAAAUUGCACUAAUCUAUCAAAUUUGACACUUUAUCUUCGUUAGAAUUAAAUUGGUGAAUUUGGUGGAUUAUGCUUAGGUUCUGCUUUAGCUAACUGCACUAAUCUCUCAAAUUUGAAACUUUAUCUAAGUAAGAAUUAAAUUGGUGAUAGAGGUGUGUCAGGCUUAGGAUCUAAAUUAGCAAAUUGCACUAAUCUCUCAGAUUUAACACUUGAACUUAUUGGCAGUAAAAUUGGUGAUGAGGGUGUAUAAGGCUUAGGUUCUGCUUUUUCAAAUUGCACAAAUCUCUCUAAUUUGAAACUUCUACUUAGUGGCAAUUAAAUUUAUGCAUUUGGUGCAUAAGGCUUAGGUUCUGGUUUGGCAAAUUGCACUAAUCUCUUAAAUUUGACACUUGAUCUUAGUGUCAAUUAAAUUGGUACAUUGGGUGCAUCAGAGUUAGGUUCUGCUUUAGCAAAUUGCACUAAUCUCUCAAAUUUGACACUUAAUCUUAUGUACAAUUAAAUUGGUGCGAUCGGUGCAUUAAGCUUAAGUUCUGGUUUAGCAAACUGCACUAAACUCUUAUAUUUGAAACUUGGUCUUAAUUUUAACGAAAUCAAUGAAUCAUAAUAAUAAUGGAAAGUUAAAAACAAUUGUCUCAAACUAAAAAAUUUAGUUGUUCUUCAAAUACAAUUCUGA